AUGGCAGAUGACAUAGUUCCUGGCCCAUCGGGAUUUAAAAGGCCAAGAAUUAGAAAUCCAAAACAGUUAACUGACGAAGAAUUGCUUGCACUAGCUUACUUUUCUGAUUCGGAUGAGGAGCCUUUUGAAGACUCCGGUAGUGAAUGGAGCGGUGAGGAGGUGGCCGAGGAAUUCGCGGAAUACGCUGAUGAAAGUGACAACCCUGAAAGUGACCCUGAACCUUCUGCUGACGAACCAAUUAUUGUACAACAAAAUGAUAAUAUGGAGUGGGUAGAAAACCCUCCAAUGUUAAAAAAUAUUCCAUUUGUUGGGCAGAAAGAACUAAAGGUGCCCAUACCUGGCGAUGAAAGUAAUGGGACAGUUUUGAACAUGCAGAUUUAUACAGGAGUUUGUGAUGACUUAGGUGGUAAAGGGCAUGCUGCAAAUGUUGUCCUCCGCCUCAUGACCAAUUACUGUGAUAAGGGCCACAGUCUUUAUAUGGAUAAUUACUAUAAUUCUGUGACACUCGCCAGGCAGUUGUUGGACAAAAAUACUUACUGUACAGGAACUUUGCGUGCGGGAAGAAAGGAAACACCCCACGACGUUAGUAAGGCAAAACCGAAGACUGGUGAAUUCGUCCAUCGGUAUGGAGGAAAUGUAUGUGUGGGCAAGUGGAAGGACAAACGUGAG